AUGUCCACUUCUCCAAACAGGCAGAAUGCUCAUUGGGUUUUCCUGUUCCUCUCUGCCCUGUAUCCUGAAUUUGGUUUGCCGAUGUGGCUGACUUUUAUUGACAUUGCAUCUUUCUCCACACUUGGCGGUGCCAAGGAGCCUUUACCGGCACGACGGGUGCUGAAAUCCUGCACGUAUUGGCACGGAAUACGUCGAUAUGACAAGGUAAAGGUUCUGAUUUCUCCGUGGAAGACGAGUGCAAAGGGCUGCAAGGCCAUGUCACCAACAUCUGGCGGAUGCUACCAACUUGACCACAACUCAGCAAAAUUGAACGACCGCCGGCAGCUUGUUCGGUCAGUACUGGUUGGGCUACAG